AUGUCCAGCCCCAAGCGGGAGACCAGAGGAUCAGUUCCACACACAAACUCGCUGAGCAAGUUUGAGGUCAGGAAACUCUUAGAGAAAUACAAGAGCGAGCGAGACGAAGCGUCCAGGAGGGGGGAGAUCAGCCGAGACAAACUGCGAGCGAUCGAGGCGGCGGCCAGGGCACAAAUCCAGGAGCUGAGGGAGAAGGUCAACGCCUUAAACUCGGAGAACAAGAGCCUGAACAGAAAAAUCAGAAAGCUCCAGCCCGAGCUGCGGAUAGAGGCGAACCCCAGACUCAGAAACAAACUGACCAGGGAGGUGGUGAAAGAACUGAAGGAAAGGGCGGAACGAUGUCAAAAUCUCCUACAAGAAAAUGCUAGGUUAGAUCAACAGAUAGACCAACUGGCGGCGGACUUAGCUCAGGCGGAACAUGUUCGGAAGCUUUUAGAAGAUCGCCUGCAAGUAGCUCAGAGUCAGGUAAAGAGUCUGACCAAUGAACAUGACCGAGUGUUAAAACUAUGGGAAGAAGCCAAGACUGAGAGGGAGCGAACCCUGCGGAUUAACCGCCUAUUCAGAGAAUCCCUGUGCAAUAAGCAGAAGUCUCAGCAGACACUGGACAAGUGCAUUCAGACCAUCGCUUCCAUUCCCAUUUACAGGAGGUUUCAGAAGAGAAACCCCGAGUCCAUGGUGAAGCAGCAGGCCCUGCACCUGCAGACCGUGAAAAUGAAGCAAAAGUUUAUGGAGCAGCUGUCGGUGAUUCCGAAAGAAAGCCGGGACAACACGUCUGCAAAAUCAUCAACAAGCAUCUGCCGAAUGUCCUCAGACUGA